AUGAAGCUAUCCCUUCUUACUGCCGCGGCCAUUGUGCCAUUUGUGUCUGCCCAUUAUUUCUUUGAUGUCCUGGUUAUCGAUGGCCAGGAGACUAAAAGCAACGAGUUCGUCCGCUCCAACACCCGUCAGGCCAAGUACAACCCGACCAAGUGGGUCAACACUCGCGACGACAUGACGCCUGAUAUGACCGACUUCCGCUGCAACAAAGGUGCUUUUACUUUUGCUGGCCAGACAGGCACGGCCGAGGUCAAAGCCGGCUCCAAGCUUGCGAUGAAGCUCGCCGUCGGCGCCACUAUGCAGCACCCGGGCCCUGCCUUGGUGUACAUGUCCAAGGCUCCAAGCACCGCCCAGAGCUAUGAGGGUGAUGGCGAAUGGUUCAAAAUCUACGAAGAGAGCGUCUGCAACAAGAACGCCGACUUCACCAAGGAUGCCUGGUGCACCUGGGACAAGGACCGGAUUGAGUUUACCGUUCCUGCUGAUCUUCCCGAUGGAGAGUAUCUCAUCCGCCCCGAGCACAUCGGUAUUCACGGAGCCCACGUUGGAGAAGCCGAGUUCUACUACACCUGUGCUCAAGUCAAGGUUGUCGGCGGCGGCAACGGCACCCCCGGACCCACGGUGAAAUUUCCCGGUGCAUACAAGAAAGACGACCCCUCCUUCAACUUCAGUAUCUGGGGUGGCUACAAGGACUACCCUAUGCCUGGUCCUGCUGUCUGGACCGGUGGCUCUAGCUCCAGCUCGGUCUCCAAGGUUGCCAACGUCACUGAGUCCGAUGGUGCUUCCCAAACCGGUGCUUCUUCCGCUCAGGAAAGUGCAGACACCUGUGGCUAUGACUAUAGUCGCCAGCACGCUCGUGACUUCAAGUACUAA